AUGAUGGAGGCCGAGCCAGCGCCAGACCUCUCCAUGAUGCUGCUGCGAGAACUACUGGCGCCAUCAUGUCUGGACCCCGAGCCGCUCCCCGGACCCCCCGCCCAACAGGCGCCGAGGACCCCAAGAUACCUCAGACCCAGUAGCAGUUCCUUCUGGACUGCACGUCAGGACUCCGUCACCAGCCUGCACCUCCUCCGAGAGACAGCAGCGGGGCUGGCGGAGCCCCCUGCCCAGGACACCCCGGCCCGGGGCCCCUGCUGGGAGCGGAAGGCCCUGGGGGUUUUGGAUCCUCCGCCCCUGGCCGGGGAUCCCAGGGCCAUGCUGACCCCAACUGGUCAGCGAGGACGCAGCCUGGGGCCUCCUGAGAUUUCCGCAGCCCCUCCAGCCCCACCUCGGAGGAGGCCCCGGAAGCAGUCAAACCCGCGCCAGGGCGCCGAGAAAGUGGACCCUCGGUUCGCGGGAGUGACCCUGAGGUUUCAGAUAAAGCCGGAUUCCAGCCUCCAGAUUAUCCGCAGCUACAGCCUGGCCAGCAGCAGCCGCUCUCAGGCUCCCCCUACAGGCCCCGAGGCCAACCCAGGAGGCAGCGAGGCCCUGGGGCCCAGGCGCUGUGCUUCUUGCAGGACCCAGAGAACCCCACUCUGGAGAGAUGCCGAAGAUGGGACACCUCUCUGCAAUGCCUGUGGCAUCAGGUACAAGAAGUAUGGCACCCGGUGCGCCAGCUGCUGGCUGGUGCCCAGGAAGAAUGUGCAGCCCAAGAAGUUAUGUGGCAGAUGCGGGAUGUUCCUGGGCCCCAACCAAGGCCCACCCCAGGAAGGGGACCCCAGGCAGAAGAUCCAGGCCUCAGGCCCUAGAGCCCCUGUCUCAGAGGUUCACUGGCCUCUUCCUUGGCCCCUGCUUGGCUGAGCUCCCCCUCAGGAAGUGUUCGCAGUAGGAACUCGUGCUGUUUGUGAAUAGAAUGGACAAUAAAGAGAACUCCUCAGAGAAGCAGUGCUGUGACUUCGGGGAUCCCACCCCGUGUGCCCUCACCUGCCACUCUCCCAGUCCCAGAAUGUGGGUUUGUAAGGACACACAUAAUCACAUAUGUAAAGGCACCAGCCCCCCAUAGAGGAUUAGCCACAUGCAUCACAACGUCCACACAGGGAAAUAGCACCACACACAGAGACAACACAGACAAAAGAUAGACACACACAAGACACAUGCAUCCACGCACACACGACACACAUAUAGAGACAGACUACACACGAGAUUGAAAGAUACAUGGGUUGACAGACACAUGUCCAGAUACACGAUAAACACACAUGUCCAUAGACACACAAAAGAUACACAUAUACAGUACAGACACACAUGUCAACAGAUACACAAACACACAGAUGACACACUGGUACACAGUGAUACAGACACAGUGGGCCCUUUGCCUGUCAGCUCCACCCCUGCCUGCAGACUGUCACCUAUGGUAUCCUUACAGGCACCAGUCCCUGCUGUGUCCCCCUCCCCCUCUUUCAAGAUCGCUCUCACCCCUCCAAGAGGUGUCCCCAGUCUGAAGCCAAAAGCCAUGUGGGAAAGCAAGCCCAGGCCAGAGUUCAGCCCUGCCGCUGUCACCAGGGCACACUGACCGCCAGUGCUCACUUGGGGGGAGAGGGAGGGCUGGGAGUCCAGGAUGGCGGGACGCAGGGAGGCAGAGGUGGUCCCUGCCUUGGGGGUGACUGAGGCUUGCCUGGCCACAUGCCUCGGAAAGACAGGCCCAUGCAAGACCCUCUUUGUCUCUCCUGGGUGGGCUUGUGCAGAAGGCUUGGGCCCACAUUCAGCCCUUAUAACCCUGACUCAUUUGGUCUCACCCUUCCAUGGUGCAGAACACCCUCCCCCCGUGACUCCCAUAGCUGCCAACUUCUCUCUACUUGGGGAGGAGAGGCUCAGCCUUCAAAGAAGCC